GCGGCGCGGGAGGCGUGGCAUCCAACGGGGCGUGGCCUGGGCGUGGCCUGUGACGUCACAUCAAGCCCCGCCCCGGUCAGCUGAGCCCUCCGCACCGCCCCCCCCGCAACCCCCUCCCAACCUCGAUCCGCCCCCCCCGCAGCCCCCCCUGCCGAUCCCCCCAGGUCCUCCUCCCUCUUCCCUCCUCCCUCCGCAUCCCUGCGCCGCCACCCGCAGCCUCGCCCGGCCGUGUGUGCCUGUGGGUGACCCCCCCCUCCCCAAAACCCACCCUCCCCAGGGCGCUGCGCCCCCCCCGCCCCGGCACCGAGACAUGGCCCCCAUCGGACUCAAGGCUGUGGUGGGAGAGAAGAUUAUGCACGAUGUGAUCCGGAAGGUGAAGAAGAAGGGGGAAUGGAAGGUGCUGGUGGUGGACCAGCUCAGCAUGCGGAUGCUCUCCUCCUGCUGCAAGAUGACAGACAUCAUGACAGAGGGCAUAACCAUUGUGGAAGACAUCAACAAGCGCCGGGAGCCGCUGCCCAGCCUGGAGGCCGUUUAUCUCAUCACCCCCUCGGAGAAGUCCAUUCACUCCCUCAUCAACGACUUCAAGGAUCCCCCCACCUCCAAGUACAGAGCUGCCCACGUCUUCUUCACUGACUCCUGUCCCGACGCCCUGUUCAACGAGCUGGUGAAGUCCCGCGCCGCCAAGGUCAUCAAAACCCUGACAGAGAUCAACAUUGCCUUCCUCCCCUCCGAGUCCCAGGUUUACUCCCUGGAUUCAGCUGACUCCUUCCAGAGCUUUUACAGCCCCCACAAGGCGCAGAUGAAGAACCCGAUCCUGGAGCGGCUGGCGGAGCAGAUCGCCACGCUCUGUGCCACGCUCAAGGAGUACCCAGCCGUGCGGUACCGGGGGGAUUACAAGGACAAUGCCAUGCUGGCACAGCUCAUCCAGGACAAGCUGGAUGCCUACAAGGCUGAUGACCCCACCAUGGGCGAGGGUCCAGACAAGGCUCGCUCCCAGCUCCUCAUCCUGGACCGUGGCUUCGACCCCGCUUCCCCGGUGCUGCACGAGCUGACCUUCCAGGCCAUGAGCUACGACCUGCUGCCCAUCGAGAACGAUGUCUACAAGUAUGAGACAAGUGGCAUUGGAGAGGCCCGGAUUAAGGAGGUUCUCCUGGAUGAGGAUGACGACCUGUGGGUCACCCUGCGCCACAAACACAUCGCUGAGGUGUCCCAGGAGGUGACCCGGUCCCUGAAGGAGUUUUCUUCAAGCAAGAGGAUGAACACGGGUGAUAAGACCACCAUGAGAGACCUGUCCCAGAUGCUGAAGAAGAUGCCACAGUACCAGAAGGAGCUCAGCAAGUACUCCACCCACCUGCACCUGGCUGAGGACUGCAUGAAGCACUACCAGGGCACUGUGGACAAGCUCUGCAGAGUCGAGCAGGACCUGGCCAUGGGCACUGAUGCCGAGGGUGAGAAGAUCAAGGACCCCAUGAGGGCCAUCGUGCCCAUCCUGCUGGAUGGGAAUGUCAGCACCUAUGACAAGAUCCGCAUCAUCCUGCUCUACAUCUUCCUGAAGAACGGUAUCACCGAGGAGAACCUGAACAAGCUGAUCCAGCACGCCCAGAUCCCAGCAGAGGACAGCGAGAUCAUCACCAACAUGGCCCACCUCGGGGUGCCCAUCAUCACAGACUCCACCCUGCGCCGCCGGAGCAAGCCCGAGCGGAAGGAGCGGAUCAGCGAGCAGACCUACCAGCUCUCCCGAUGGACCCCGGUGAUCAAGGACAUCAUGGAGGAUGCCAUCGAUGACAAGCUGGACACCAAGCACUACCCGUACAUCUCCACCCGCUCCUCCGCCUCCUUCAGCACCACUGCCGUCAGUGCCCGCUACGGCCACUGGCACAAGAACAAGGCUCCAGGCGAGUACCGCAGCGGGCCCCGCCUCAUCAUCUUCAUCCUGGGCGGGGUGAGCAUGAACGAGAUGCGCUGCGCCUACGAGGUGACACAAGCCAGCGGCAAGUGGGAGGUGCUAAUAGGGUCCACGCACAUCCUCACCCCACAGAAACUGCUGGACACGCUGAAGAAACUCAAUAAAACAGAGGAAGAGAGCAGCAGUUAAAAGGAAACGCCGUCACCACUCGAUGCCCACCCACGUCCCCGCCGGGCGCCCGGCCCCGGGUGCCACCCUGCACCCAGCGGGCACAGCUUCUCUCUCUUGUUCUUGUGUUGACCCCUCCCCUCCCCUCCCUCUGCCUCCUCCCCACCCCCCAUCUCAUUUUAUCCACAGGGAGGGGACAACAGCCAAAAAAAAAAAAAUAAUAUAUAUAUAUAUAUAUUAAGAAAAUGGAUGCAUUGUGUUUAAGAGAAAAAGGAAAAAAAAAAAAAUCUAUAUAUUUGUAGCUGCAGCCGUGGGAAGCGCCCAGGAGCUCGUUGCUGAGUAACCAUCUGCCCAUUGCUAGUGAAUAUGGUGGGAAAAUAGUGGGAAAACACCGUUUUUUUGGGGAAGUUGCUCCUCACUGGGGUCCUGUGGGGGUGGAAGGACGGAUGGACGGACACCCCACAUCACUCCAGCUGGCGCAGGAUGGGGGGUCCCCACCACCACCUGCUGUCCCAUGGCUUUUUGGGGUGGUGGGAGCCCCUGCCAGCUGUGCCCAGGGGUGGGUGGGGGUGUGAGGGAGGUGCAGCCGGGACACUUCACACUGUGGCAAUUCCCAUGUGAAAAGGGACCAAAACGGUCAAAACUUGGAGAUGGGGCUCGUUCGCUUGCACGGCCACUGCUCUGCCCUGCUCAGCCUGACCUCCUCCUCUCUGGGACUCCUUCAAAUAUAUAUAUAUAUAAAAAUUAUUUUUAUAUAUAUAUAUAUAUAGAAUAUCUCCCCCUGGAUACCUCUCCAUCCAUCCCAAAGGAAGCUCAGUGCCCCGUGCCCGGCCCCACUCGUGUCGUCCCGUGGUGAAGCGUUUCUGAGCCCCCCCAAAAACCUCCUGGGCCCCCUUCCCAAACCCUUUGGGGCCUCCCCACCCCUCUGAGCCCACCCCGAACCCUCUGGACUCCCCUAAACCCUCCAGGCCUCUCCAACCCUCUGAGCCCACCCCGAACCCUCUGGGCCCACCCCAAACCCUCUGGGCCCACCCCAAACCCUCUGGGCCCACCCCAAAACCCUCUGGACUCUGUGUAUAUUAAUGACUGUGUCUCGUGACGUUCUUACAAGCUUGGUGUAUAGUGAUUUCCCCAAACCUCUUGAUUUUAGUUGGGCUUUUUUUAUUUUCCACCCCCUGGAUUGCCCCCCCUUCCCCUGCCAUUAGAUGCACUGCAAUAUUUUGGGGUCUAUGGUUUUGUUCUCUCUCCCCCCGAAGGCUGUGACCCCCCCUUUUCCUUCCCCCAAAUUGCUCUUUCUUGCCUCGUUGGUGGUUAGCCCCCCCUUCCCUCCCUGUCUGCUCCUUGCCCAUAAAGUUAAAUAUAUAUUUUUAGGGCAAAGGCUGUAUCAUUGCACUGAUAUUUGUUGGUUCCCCCCUCGGUCCUCCCAGCCCGUUUUUGUUCCUUCUUGGUUUAGCAAUGCAAAUGCUUCAGGAUCUUGUAUGUUGGACAUUAUUAUAAUUAUUAUUAUUAUUUUUUUUUCUGUUACAGUUAUUUAUAUAAAAAAUAAUUUAUCAAAAAGGAAAACUUUAAAAAAAAAAUAAUCUAGUCUGUCUUGGAACUUGUUUACCUUGAAAUUACUGGAAUCUAAAUGUUUGAAAGUGUUGAAGCACAAACAUGUAUCAUCUCUGUAUAUCUGUUCUUCUGUACUAAAGCACUCGAGUGACUAAAUAAAAGCGAUCUCCAUCCCUAGUGCAA